AGAAUAAAAAGUGAAGCAUAAGAAGCACACAAACACACACACAGACCUCAGCAAAUACUUCGAGCGUAUAUGUCCGAAGUUGCUCACGAGGAUGUCGGCGGCACCGACCCCACCGUGCCCAGGCCGGAGGUGCGCAUCGCGGACACCAUGUCGGAGCUGAGCGCCGCCAUCCAGCAGCUCGUCGACCUCGGCCUCUCCCUCGACCCCGUUGUUCCCCUCAAUAGGGAUGAGGUAGAGCAGACACUCAUCACAGACAGCUGGAGCUGCCCGGUGUGCGGCACCGCGAACACACCUAUCUGCCCCUCCUCCGGCAAGCCGCACCGACGCCGCCUUGUCACGGUUGCCCAGCACAUCCUGCGCCUGAUUGAGCGGCACGUCGGCAAGGUGUACGUGCGUCCGGCGCAGCUCUCGCAGCGGGUCGAGGGGGAGGUGCAGGUGCGGACACACCGCCGCCUCAUCAUGAACCCACACACCUUCCUCCUCGCCUUCUACUUCGCCGCCGGGGCGUCGACAACGGCGGACCCGCUCCGCGACGGCAGCGCGCUCACGGCGGAGUGCGCGCAGCACCUGCUAGACGUACUGCGUGAGAUCAAGCUCUACGGCGCGACAUCGCCGGUUGACGAUAAGUACAGCCUGUCGUUGCUCAAGUCCUUCCGCAGUGCGUGGCGGCAGUAUCUGCGGCAGGUGAAGUGGGAGGUGGCGGAGAAGAACACCGGCAGCAGCCACCGCAGCCGCAGCGCGGAGUCCACCGAAGCGGAGGCGGAGGAGGCAGAUGGGACGCACAGGCUGCACGCCAACAGCGCCGAGGCGCGCGAUGAGUUGGUGAGCUGCACCCGCGCUGCCCUGAUGGACGCGGUCACCCACUCACGCAAGGACCCGGACAAUCAAGACCUCCGCCUCUUCACCGCCAUGCUGUAUCAACGCCUCUCCCGCCUGUGCACUAAGGAGGAGUUCGAUGACGUGAAGCGCAAGGUGGAGCAGAUCGAGGCGCGGGACACCACCCCCAAAAUCGAGUACGCCAGUCCGCCCUGUCUGCCCUCCGACGCCAACACGACGGCCUCCGAUGAAGAGGCGCCGGUCGGCGUUGGCGCCUCGCCGGACGCGUCUUCCUCCUCUGCGGGGCGGGGGCCGCGCCGGGCAGGGCCGGAUCUCCCUCCGGGGUGGUACGUCGACGAGCGCGGCAUCUCCCGCCCGCCCGCCGACCUCGCCGAGAUGCAGCGACGCGAGCGGUAUCGGGAGCGUGAAAUGAAGGCCCAAAAGGCGUACGAGGCCGUGAUGGACGUGAAGCGGGAAAAGGGCCAGCUGGAGCAGCUGCAGGAGAACGCCGUGGCGGUGUUGGACAAGGCGGAGCUGCAGGCGUUAGCGGCCGAUCUGAACCGAAGUCCUCCCCGCCUGCAGCGCCUCUCUCGUCUGCUGACAAUUGUGGAGGACCGCUUUGUGGAGGCCUUGCCGCCGCGCCUGCGCUCGCGUGUGCGGCAGGAAUUUCACGAUGUGCUGGAUUGGAACGCCAUCCAACGUCGCGCCAAAGGGAACGCGCUGAACAUCGCCAACCUGGUGCGCUUCGUCGGCCAGCAGGUGAUCAGCUACAGCGCCCCGGUGCGUGAGGACGCCACCAACACACGCAUGACGGCCAUCUGCGCCGACAUUGAGCAGUGCGUGCCCGACGUGGGGACUGCCGUGGCCAACGCCUUCGAGUUUCUCUUCGACGCCAUCCACGAGCUGCGCAGCGACGUCGCCGCGUACUCUCUCCUCCUCAUCAGCGACUCGCUCAAACUGAGCGCCGUGCAGUUCAUCCGCGAUUUUGUCACGUCGUGCCUGCCGCCGCCGCCGAAGUGGUCCAAGUCAAUUGCGUUUCUGCAGGGCGAAGUCAACGACGCACGUGUGCGGGCGUGGGCCGCGACGAGCGUCCCGCAGGCGUGGACCUCGACCACCGAGCCGGAGCGCCGCAUACGGGGCGCGCUGCUGAUGGGCACGCUGGAUCUGCUGCGCAGCGGGCAGCACACCAGCCUCAACCGAUGGGACGAGCUACCGCCGGAGAUAUUCUACUUUGAGAAGCACGCCAUCUUCAAAGCCGCCAACACCGUGCAAGAGUGCACGCUGCUGCUGUUGCUGGAGGGCACCGUCUCCAGUGUGCUGGCGCAACGUGGGGUGAAGGCGGUGGUCGUGUCGAAGAUCAUUCUCAAGCUGCACGACCACAUUCUUCAGCUGCUGACGCAGGACAUCAAAUUGAACGCGCUGAAGGAGUCGGUGAUCGAGUUCAUCGAGAGCGAGUUGUACCACCUGAACGUCGGGGAGACGGAGACGGCGGAUGCCGUCGCACUGGCCGCCCUUACCGCCAAGAUCACUCUGACGGAGGCGGAGCGGCAGGUGGUGUGGUCCAUCAUCGACAAGAUGACGGACACACAGAACCAACUCUACGUCACCUUUGAAAAAAAGAUUAUUCAAUUUAUGGAGUCGAUGCUGGUGCACAACAAGGAUGACGCGGCACCGGUGGGUCUGGUGACGGAGUCGUUGAAGCGGUUGGUGCAGCUGAUGCGGCGCAUGUUGCUCUUCCACUGGGAGGUGUACGCACCCUACUACCACGAGCUCAUCCCUCUCCUCACCUUUGACCCUGCCACGCCAGCGGCCGCCUCUAUGCCGCCAGCGGAAUGA